ACUUGAGCUAUAAAUAUUUAAGCGUGCUGAUUUGGUUCAACAAACACACUUUGACUUCAUUCAAGCCACAGCUAAGUCACGAGUUCAAACAACACCAACAUGUUCAAAUACGCCGUCGUUCUCUUCGCCCUCAUCGCUUGCGCCGCCGCCAAGCCCGGUUUGCUUGCUGCCGCUCCAUUGGCCUACGCUGCUCCCGCCGCCGUUGUUGCCGCUCCAGCCCCAGUGGUGACCGCCACCAGCAGCCAAGUGAUCGCACGCAACUACAAUGGCAUCGCCGCUGCUCCAAUUGUUGCCGCCGCUCCUGUAGCUGCCCCUCUGGUUGCGCGUUAUGCUGCUGCCCCAGUUGUAACCCGUUACGCGGCUGCUGCUCCUCUCACCACUCCACUUGCUGCUCACUAUGCCGCUGCUCCACUCUUGUGGUGAACGAAAUAAAGUUGAUGUGAUGAACCAUCUGUAAUAAUUUUUCUGUGAAAAAUAUAUAAAUUCGAAACAA